AUGUCUGCAACUGAGGCUUUUUGUGCCAUCUCAUCAUCUGGUGUGCAUAAGUUUCAAGAUGAUGCUCCGUGCCGUGAAUCAGAAGCUGAAGUGAAUGAUUUACUUCAGUGGUUCUCAGAAAUCAUUUCUUCUUACAAGGGUUACAUUGAGAAUGAUGUUGGAUCAUUUUCAGUGCAUGAGAAUAGUACUGGAUACUUCAUCGGAGAAGUCAGGCGAGGAGAGGAAGGCAGGAAGGAUUUUCAAAGAGAUGUACUUCCCGGUCUUGUCUAUAAUACUAGGGAUUACAAUGCCAUCGUUAUCCCAAAUCCAAGCAUAUAUCCAAAACCUACCCACCCCUUCCUCCAACUAGCCAGUGGGAGAAUGCCACAUGGAGUAACAAGUAGAUUCGUGUCUGCAAACUCAGGUUGCUUUGUCACUACUGCCCAACAAAUCACUGGUUGGAAGCAUGACGCGUCUUUGGAAAAGCUAUAA